AUGAUUCUGAAUCUUUUUACCAUUUCGGCGGCUCUCUUUGGCCUUGCUGUCUGCGGAAACUAUGGCCGAGACAACUACGAUGCAGCCAACUCCAACGGAAAUGGCUACUACGCAGGACCACAUUUUGUAAAUGACAAAGACUGGGGCAGCAGCAGCAGUAGCAGCAGCGAAAGCGACGAAAAACGGGAGUGUGCCCGCCUUGGAGUGUUCAAUGUCACCAACUCUUUCGCACCAUUGUUCUCCGCCCCAAAGAUAGCCUACUACACUCGUCAAGGAAAAGAUAAGGCUAUCGUUGUCUGCCCGAAUCCUCAAGUUCAAAUCCUCGUGGCUAAGUCAAGAAAUGCAAACCCAACGGCAGAAAACAUCAAAAAUUACGCUCUUAUCUCCAUCAGUAGCAAGUCCGGUGUUAUUCUCAAGUGCAACAAACGGAAGGAUCGAUAUGAAGGGGUCAACUUGCCAACCGGAAACACAGUACCACUAGACGCCGUCGCCUGUGUGACUGCCAAUCCAGAUGGAAUGGAGGAAUUUGUUGAGCCAAUUUAUGACUUCCUUGUCGGUUUCGACAAAAUCAACACCGGAGGUCUUCCAUAA